CAAGAGUUGAUCAUUUCCAUGCCCACUUACCAUGCCCACCAAUUAACUGCCAUUCGGCCUACUGCCAUCCAACAUAUAAUAUAUGCAAAGCUGUGGAAUGAUUCGCAGGACUAUCUUGUUUUUGCAAAGGGUGCUUGGCUACAGCUACUACGUAUUGUAGCAGACGGUCCGCUUGAACCCUUAUUCGAACAGCCUGUGCCCGGUACCAUCAGUCAUAUCGCCAAGCUAUUAUGCAACUGGACAUCUGACCUUCAACCGCAGUGCACGUCGAACCAACCAUCACAACAGCCCUACACCUGCUCGCCUAUCAAUCAUGCUCGUAUAGUAUCGGAUGACGUAUUAGUUGCUACUUCCGACCAAGGUAGUUUGGUAUUUCUUGCCCUUAUUGUUCCUCCGGAUGGUGAUUUGGUGGACAAUGGAAGGUUUGAACUGAUCGCUGAAGUGCCGUUAACUUCACCUGGAGAUGAUUAUAUAAAAGUGGGGAGGAGAAUGGCGGUUGAUCCACAAUCCCGGGCCAUUGCUGUGUCUGCAUACCAGGACAGCAUUGAUGUGUUCAUCAUCAAUCAAUCCGUAUCACGCGAUAACUUUAUGCCUAUUCAAUCGAUGCUUUCUAUACAAGAACAAGGCAUCAUAUACCAAAUGGAGUUUCUGCAGACAAAUGAACAGCACAAGAUGUAUCUGAUUGUCACUAUUUACAAUGAUGUGGAACUGGUUUGUCGGCUAGUAGUCUAUGCCAUCGACACGUCUGAUCCGGAUAAUAUGACGAUUGAGCGAUGUGGACGACUGCCAUUAGAGCGUGUUGGUCCUCUUCCUCUUCUGUUGAUACCCAUUUACGACACACUGGAGACCUUCAUCUUAAUCACCGAAUUGUAUGCUAGCUAUUUAACUAUCGAAGACGUGUACUCCGGAAACGUGCUUCACCCUACAUCCAACUUACCCACAAACGCUGAUGGAGAAGUUGUCAUAUUUACUGCCUAUGCUGCACCUAAACCGCCUUCACCCUCUAUUUUAUACCUCGGUACGUCAAGUGGCGACUUUUAUGCGUUAGACAUAAAGUCUUUGGAAUGGCGUUUCGUUGGACAAAGAAACAGUGUUGGCGUAGCUAUGCAAUAUCUUGGACCGGCUUAUCACGAGAAUGGUCAUAAAGAUGUAAUUGUAUAUGCUGGAGAAGGCGCUGAUCAUGAAGUGAUUACGAUUGACGUUGACCAAACCGUUCCUGACAUAUCGGUGCUUCAAAGCCUUGAGAACCGAGCUCCUCUCAUUGAUGCUCAUAUUUCCCGUGACCCCCUGUCUUCGCUCGAUGUCCUCUAUGUAUGCACUGGUCAGGAUCGAUAUGGAAGUGUGAGAGAAAUUCGCUCAGGCGUUGGCGUAGAAAUGCUUUCCAUUUCGCCCUCUGACCCUGAGUGGAAUGGUGUUACCGGGAUAUGGUACUUACCAUAUGAUCAAGAGAACAAUGAUUCCUUCUACAUUGUCGUUUCAUUCGCUCUGGAAACGAGGGUACUCUCCAAUGUCGAUCAGGAAAUUCAAGAUGUCUCUGAAACGUGCGGACUGGUCGGUGACAAGCCUACUAUUUUUUCAUGCUACUGUGAUGGUCCACCUCGAGUUCUCGUUCAAGUUUUAGAGACUCAAGUCAAUUUGUACAAUACCUUGACAGGAUCACUUACGACCGUUUCUCUAGAUUCCAUGCAAUCUUUCAACUCUCCGAAAAUCGCUCAUGUUGCCAUGGAAGAUGCUAUGCUUAUUCUUUGCACUUCUUCUAUGGAUGACCAAUGGUAUCUAAACAAAUUCUACAUCGAUGCUGAAUCACUGGAAAAAUCAGAUGUUGUGGCAGUAAACCAUGAGAUUUCCUUCAUGACCAUCAUCUCCUUGUCGCAGGAGCAAAAUUAUCUCAUAGUUGGAACCCACCGACCUUCUAUCUGUGUUUACAAUACUGAGGAUCUGACAUGCAUUCACGAAGAACUCCUUGUGGAUGUAUCGACUGCUGGCAUUAAUAUACCCGAGUCCUGUGCGUUCCUAGAAUACCAAUCGUGCCGCUUUCUAGUCGUUGGCCUUCGAGAUGGCACUUUAAUAUCAUAUCAGCUGGACUCUAUGAUAGAUGGUACCGUACAGCUUCGCAAUGCAUCUCAACGUCCACUUGGUUCAUUGCCUGUCAAACUGGUGUCGCAAAAUAGGCACUCUUGCGUAGCCAUAUCGGACCAUGCGUGGUAUGUCGAACAACGUAACAAGCGUAUAGUGAUUAAGCCCCUCUGUAUCUUGGAAUCUGACUACGUGGCUGCGAUCACAUCUCUACCAUCUGAGGACGGUUACCAAAACUAUGCAGCUGUGAUCGAUCAGAAACUGUGUAUGAUUUGCUUGGAUCCAAGAGAAGACAUUAAUAUGCGAACUAUACAUAUAGGAGAGACAUCGCGAAGGGUACUUCAUGACAGACCUACGAAUUGUCUUGUCGUCGCUUAUAGUGGUGUUACGAACUCUGGUCGGCAAGAUGGUCUCAACGUAAUCCAUGAGGGUAAAAUAGUAGCUACAGUCAAGAUGGCUGAACAUGAGAUUAUAUGUUCCAUGGCUGGAUGGAGCAUUCAACAUCAAACCAAGACCUACCGCUAUAUCUGUGUUGGGGUUGCUGUACACAGCGGAACGAGACACGAGCAUAAUGCCAGGCGAACACCGGUUGAAAGUGGCCGAUUACUCCUUUAUCGAUUGAAGCGUCGCAAGCGUGAAAUGCAAUACUGUCUAAGUCAGGUUUGGCAUGAAGAUUCCUUGCUUGCUGGUGUGUUUGCCAUUUGUCCACAUCCCCAUGGCUUAUUGUUCUCAACGGGACGUACCUUGCAUCUACACCAAUUGGAUAUCUCCACCGGAAGACUUGAAAUGGUGGCUCAAGAAUCAGCGCGCAGCCCUAUCACACUUAUACAAGUGGCUCAAGAGCGAAUCUGCGUCGGCACUCAGUUGGAUUCAUUGUCCUUUUAUCGAUACGAUCCGAGUAAUCGCAAACUUCUGUUUCUCAAAAGCGACAUGCUGAUGCGAACGGUUAGCGGCGCUGUCAUGCCUCAUACUGGUCUUGUCAUCGGCACAGAACGGUAUGGAGGCAUCUUUGGAUUGAUGGAAGACACCAAUAAGCCUGCCUCUCGAUCUCUGUCGCAAGCGUUUGGGUUCCAUAUGCCUGAUGUUGCGCUUGGGGUUCAAACCGGUGCACUCUCCCUCAUGGACCGCCUUCCUAACGAUUAUACCUUGCCUUGGGACGAUACCAGCUCAGUGAGGAAGCCUAUUCUGGCAUGUACGCUUAGCGGCAGUGUUAUAGUAGUGAGACGAAUUACUUUAGAGACAUAUGAAUUUCUUCGCACCAUUGAAUCAAGGAUCCGACAACAGAAUGGUGCGCGAACGCUCAGUACUAUCUAUUCGCCUAAUGAAACCGUCCAUACACUCAAUGGAGAUAUCCUUCAGCUGUUCCUGCGCAUGACCAUUUCGGAGCAGCAGACGUUAGUGCGCGACGAAGAUUUUGAUGCGCUUGAUUUGAAGGCAUAUCCAGCCAAUCCAGCUGCGACCUAUCCUGCGAAUUCAUCCAGCAUUGAAAAAGUCACCAAUAUUCUCAUGAAUUUACAAUAUCUGUAGAGCCAAGCCAAUCACCAUUAUCUCUGAACAAUGAGAUCAAUAGAGAAAUAAAAAGCUCGAGCUUGCGUGUUCUGGGUGGACAAUAUUCAUUUUUUUUUUUUUGGUAAUUCAUUUUUUGCAUCAUUUGGUUUCAUCUACGUGGUAAUAGCUACAUUGGAUGGAAACAAAAUAAAUGCAAGAAUAAGAUACAAAA